AUGAUAGCGACCACGCUACGAAAAGCUCGGCUGGCGCUACCUCAGUACCAUUCCCUGAUAGCCUUCAUUACCCACACCCAGUUUCCACGCUUUAGGUCUACCGCGUGCAACGUCCAGUUGAUUGGGGCCCUUUUUCGAGGCAGGUUUGGGUCGAAAAUUACGUCAAAUUUGCAAGAAGAGAGAAUAUUUGAAGCGGGAAAGGUUCAAGAUGCGAGAACAUCCAGUUAUUCAGUGGAAGGGACUGGGGAAACGAUAAACAGACACCCAGAGCUGACUCGUCAUAACCACGAGGAAUUCAACAAAACCAAAGCUGAGAAACACGAAAAGGCUGAUAUAUCCCACGAACCAGAGAUAAUAGACAACUCUAAAGACGAAUCCACUCUUCUCGAUACCUACGGCUAUUAUCGCGGUCUUGCCGACUCCGCCGUGGCGCCUUCUCACAACGUCCACGAUACCCACAUCCCAGGACUUCUUUCUGCCACCCCGUUGGAAAUAAAUGCCUCUGCCCCUCGUUUGGGCUCCUUGGUCGAGGUCAGGACAAACGGUCGCGUGCACUUUGGGGUAGUGACCAAACAGUCCCGUGGUCGCUUCCAAGAAUCGCACACAGCACUUGAGGUGUUUGCUGCUGAGGGAGAAUUCAUCUCGGUGCAGCCCUCAGACGUGACGUUACAUCUUCCCGGAUAUUUCAACCGGGAGUUAAUCCUAGCGAGUGAUAUCUACGAGGAGCAAAACUUACUAGAGAACAUCCAGCUCCACCUCAUCGAGAUGGUGCGCAGUGCUUUGGCGCUACGGAAGACCGCUUACCACUCCAUCUUUAAAUCUCUCCAUUCACACUUAUCCCGAGACUACGCCAUCAAUACGUUCAAGCUCGGAGAUACGGUUUCGUUGAUUUCCCGAAAUGGGGUUUCGUUUUCCGCAUUUCCGCUUCCCCAGCAGGCCGUCACGCUCUUGGCCUGCCAUCUCGAGUUCUCGUGUGUGCCUAAAGACUGGAUGGUACUCGGAGGCUACGGCGGCACCCGGCUCGUUCCGUCGUGCACUUACGCGGCAACCUCCAUCUACAGCCAGAGCGUCCUCUCCAGUGUGCUCCUACGCCUGAAUGAGGCUGACAUCGAGAGCUUCCGGUACACCCUAGCGGCAUUUUUGGCGAAAAAACCAUCGCCCUCGGUGCUCAAUGGUCACUUUGUCUAUGACAGACCAGCAGAAAACCGCAUCCUCCAGCUCUUGAAGCACUACAUCGUGUAUCCCCACGCCCGAAUCGAAAAAAGGGUAGCACAGAUCCUUGCUGGAAUUACAGAACCCUCUCCUAGCAGUGUUUAUCGGUUGUUAAUGGCUAUCGGAGUCUAUUCCACCACAACUGAUCCUUACCUUUCCGCUGGUUUUUACGGAAAGGUCCAGAAGUCCAAACUUGAAGCGUCCAACUUUGCCAGCAUCGAAGACACUUCUGAUGCCGAUAGCUUCCAGUCCAAUUUCAGCACCUUGGAUUCCAUGUACUUUGCUCGCACAGUGCUUGCGGAAACGCCCGUAUACGCCAUUCCUUCGCGGAGUCUCGCGGCCCUGGCCACCCCAGGGCUAUCUGAGUUGGCCUUUUCCGUGGACCAUAUCGACAAACACACCUCGGUGAUUCACUUCCACAUUCCUGACGUAGUCACCAAGCUCUCACCACACUUGCCGUUGUACCAAUGUUUGCGCCAAAAACUCCCGCCAUUCGCAGAAAAGACCCUCGACUAUAAAGACACGAGCAAGGCGUUUUUCCCCCGGAAUUUGCUCCCGAUCGCCACCUUUAAGGAAUCUGCAGAGCCUAUAACCUGUUUCACCGUAAGUAUGACUUACCGUAGCAAAAGUUCCGAUCUCGUUCAGACGUCUAUUUCGUUCAACUACUUGAAGGACAUCCGUCUUCUUAGAGAGGAUGAGUUGUCAGGGGUACUUGACUUCCACGAAAAGCACCAUCCAGCUAAUUUCAUGCCCCGGAAGGACUAUUCCUUGACGCGUGACGAUGAGGAAAAUAUUGGAACGGUCCGGAACAUGCUUAUGAGCCACAAGGAACAGCGCCGCCGCUGCUAUGCCGUGGAGACCAGUUUUCAGGCUCCCACCGUGAACGAGACACCGUCUGGCGAUCUCGAGUUGGUAUACAAGGGCAGAGACAUGAUUGACUUGUUUGUGAACGAAAUAAACGUCUUGAUGGGCGAGCUUGUGGGAAAGUUUGGCACGGCUAAAGGCUUGCCGUUGGCAUACCGCUCCCAGGAACUAGUGGAUAUCGAAAGCCAAGACGAAAAGGGGAUUGAGAUCUCACCCCGCUCGAUCUUGUAUCCCAAAUAUCAUGCCACCGCGUAUGAGCAUUUUUUCCUAGAGCCGAAUGUCGGGGGUUUGGCCCCGACUAAGUACGUUUGUGCCACCAAUCUCCUUGCGCCAGAAAUCGUUUCGUGUGUACCAUCGCCGGAGAAGGUUCACACGGGGUUAGGUCUCAAAAAUCUGUACGUGAGGAUCCACUGUCCGCUCUCGGACUUUGAGGCGAUGCUAAACCAGUACCAGCUCCUUUCUCAUUGCAUCAGAGAGUCGUACUGUCAGACGGCUGUUAAGCGCAGACACAUUCUUCUACGUGGCUAUGAUGUGAACGCCCUAACCGCUCUGGAAUUGCACGGUGUUUACAAAUCUGUGGCAGCAGCGGAAAUGUCCCGCGCCGUGGUGAGGCAGAACAUGCACACGUAUUGGACAUUGCGUUACUUGGAGCAGGAGCUUCGGAGGGAGGCCGAUCCGGCUCAGGACUACACGUUUAUUUUUAAGUGUGUGGUUUUACAGAGUUCGUCUACAUCCCCCGCAAAGGCUUACUGUAUGGAAUUAGGUAUUGACGUUGAUGUGGUGGUCAAGCCGGGAGAGUCGAUGACAAUCGGCGACAGGAUUAUCUGUUCGCGGGUGGUUAUUUUGAAUCCACUAGCGGGGAAACUUGUUUUAAUGUGA